AGCAUUCAUGAGAAACUGCCAAAACAGAAGCUAGCCUGCUCAGGAGCAGGCAGGGGAGGGAGAGAUGGGAUUUCUUUAGAACCAUCUCUCACCGUGAGGGAAGGCUACUGUGUCCCUGGAGAGAUAUUGCCUGAUUCUACUACUAAUUUGGCUCGAAUGACCUUGAAAGGCUGAGGGAUUUCUGUCACUCCUUCUACUCCAUAUAUAAAAAGCUCCAACAAUGAGGUUUCAGAAUAGUGCGUGGCUUUCCCCAGGCGGAGCUGAGGAGGCAGAAAACAGGACACUGCCCUUCUUUACACCCUAGCAGGAUAUCAGUUCACCUGCCGAUUCAUCUUUAAGGGAUGAACAGCCAGUACAUGCGCAGGGAAGUCUUCUGCUGCGAGACCUGUGAUGAGCUCAAAAGCUUCUGGGAAAAGGAGAUUCGCAAACAGACUUGUUACCGAGAACUGGAAGAAGAUCGCCAGGGGAGAAGCGCUCUGAGAAAGCUUAGAGAAGAAUGGAAGGAGAGGCUGGAGAAGAGGCUGAGAAUGCUGGAUAAUCCUGAUGACAAGGAAAAGCAGGCUAACCCUGAAAACUGAGUGCUUCUGGCAAACCAUCGAGGACAUCUUUUUCUAAGAGGAAAAAGACUUCCCUGAGUUAUACUGACUUGCUAGGCAGAACUUCCCCUAUUUGUUCUCCCAUCUGAGAAAGGAUUUACAUGCAAACCCCCCACCGUGUGCUAGUGGGAACUGUUAUCCAGAUCAUCCUUCUUCACAGAGAGGACAGGGUGAGUGCAUGGGUGGGAUUCUUGGGUUGUUUUAUAUAAAAAGCUCUUUGAAUUAGCACCCCUCCCCAGGUUUCUAAGAUCUACGUAGUAUAAGCUGGUUCUGCAUUCUCCCCUCAUCUUGAAAUCUAAAUGUUUUCUCUGAGCUUGCUUGAGGCAGUGACCUUAAUGAAAUCUGGUUCCCUACAACUCCAGAAAUUGGUCACAAAAUCUGUCUCUUUUCUCCAUUUUUUUGUGCAGAGAUACUGGCAGAAAUAAAACUAGUACGAAUUUUGAAAUUUUUAACAAUAUGAUCUGAAAAUAAACUGAAUUCAUUUUCUCUUCCU